AUGGAGGCCAAGCUUCUCGACGAUUUUGACGGCAACCCGUCUACUUGGGUUCACAGUCCCGGAAUUUUACCCGCGCCCCAAGACCUUGACUGGUUGCUGCCCUACAGCAUGGACAAUAAUAGCUCUUUAUACGGCACAGACUUCUCCAUGGAAGACCUCCUCGCUCCGGACAUGCACAGCCUCACAUUCAUGUCUCCGUGGUUCUCAAUAGAAGAAUCAUCGCCAGCUCGGUCAUUGCAUCAGUAUAUAGGCCUUCCUACGCCAGAUCCACUAUAUGAUACCAGAACCUCUUAUCCCACUUAUACUCCAGGGACCGAACAAUCGAAGCUUUGGCCAGUAUCAACACCUGAUGUAAGCCAAGGAGGCUACAUCACCCGCGCCUCGCUGAGCUGGUGA